GUUUUUCUUCGACUUCCCACUAAAUUAUCCAUUUCCGAUAUUAAAAAAUGCUCGUGGUAUUCACUCAUGGCGGACGUGGCCCCUGAGUGGUCUCCUGAACCCCAGAGUUGCUUCUUCUAACUAGGGAACCUGGGAAAUUCUUUUGUGUUUCUCCGGUCUGGCGCUUUGAUUCUUUGGUUUAUUGCCAUGGUUUUAUUUCAGUACCAGAAAAUUAUUUGGAAAAUUGAAACAAGUGUUGGAGUUUGUUUUAAGCUGAAAACCUAGAUGAUCAGGCUUGUGAAUUGAAACAGGCCGAGUUAUUUUGCUUUUGGGAUUAAGAAAGACCAUCAGUUUUUCAUUGUUUUUUUGUUGUUGUUUGGAAUUCUAGAUUCGACUGUAGAAUUUAGGUUGUCAAGUAGUUGCCUGGCCUGAAUUUUACUUGUAGGGACGCUCAAACGUAGAAUUUGGAAGAAAGCAAAGGAUUUUGGUACAUAAUUUUGUUUACAUAGGGAGAAUUGUCAUUUUCAUCGCUGAAACCCUAGAAUUUUGGAUUAUACCAAAUUGGGGUUUACAUUGGAAUUGAGAACAGCUUUAAAAGGAAUGGAUUCAGAUUGAAGGAGAUGAGGUUCAUACUGAUAUCUGGUGAUUUUUUGUAGAAAUUUUGGGCAAAAGAAGAAAAAUUAGAGGUCAGAAUGGAUCUAGAGCAGAUGUUACUGCGUGUUCACGCCUGGUGUUCUACGAAGCUUUCUCAAUUGCUUAAGCCGAGGAUCAGAGUGGCUUUGGAGUAUGUCUUUUUGGUGGUUGCUUUUGCCUUGUUUUGCUUAUUGGUUGUGAUGCACACCAAUUUCGUUGCACAGCCGGGUUGUUCUAGUGAAUUAUCUGGACCUGAAAUACUAGAAGCUCAUCUCGUCCAAAUUAAGAUAACUAGUGCUGGGCUGUGGACACAUAAAGCUUUUACUCGUACUGUGAUAGAUACUCUCAAGCAGGGAGAACUGGCGGAUAAUAUCCAGAUCCCUGAUGUCCAUGGAGGCGGACUUAAGUUUAUUACACCGAAAUUUUGGUUGAAUCAGAUUGCUUCAGGAUUGAAGGUGCUUCUGGAUAUUUCAACGUGGUUACAUAGGUCAGACCUGGAGAAGAUGGAUUCCUUUAUAGUGCAAUGGCUAGAUGAAAGAAGCAAAGCAUCUGAGCCCACCUAUUUAUACACAAUGGAGAAGGGUUACUUCAUGCUUCCUGAAGCUGCCAAAUCGAAGCAUAAUGUGCGCACUAUUAAUGUCAGCAUUUCUGCUCAACAUCCAUGCUUUGGAAACAGGUGGCUGCGGCUUCUCAUAAAUAGUUUCGUUGGGUAUGACACGAUCUUGAUGAACAGUUUGUUGAGUGCUCCUGGUCAAGGUUAUUUAUAUAAUUUUCAAACAAAGGAAUUCUACGAUCUUAGUUUCACACAUGAAUCUGCUGAGGUCUUCCCCAGAUUCGAAGAUUAUCUUGUGGCCAAGUGUGGUGUGCUUAUCAUGUCACUGUUUGUGUUCUUUACAACAACAAUGUCAGUCUCUUUUACUCUGAGGGAAACACAGUCCCGCAUGCUUAAGUUUACAGUACAACUCCAGCAUCACGCACGUCAUCGCCUUCCUACAUUCCAAUUGAUAUUUGUGCAUGUAAUUGAAUCUCUCGUCUUUGUACCGAUUAUGAUCGGCAUUCUCUUCUUCCUCUUUGAGUUUUAUGAUGAUCAACUACUUGCUUUCAUGGUGUUAUUGCUUGUGUGGUUAUGUGAAGUAUUUACAAUGAUCAGUGUCCGCACUCCAAUCUCGAUGCAGUACUUCCCUCGCUUUUUCCUGCUGUACUUUCUGGUGUUUCACAUCUAUUUUUUCUCAUAUGCAUAUGGGUUUUCUUACUUGGCCUUUUAUACAACUGCGGCAUUUAUGCAGCACCUUGUCCUAUAUUUUUGGAAUCGCUUCGAGGUUCCCGCUCUCCAGAGAUUCAUGAGAAACCGGCUUCGGUUGCAGCAACAAACUGGUGUCCACAUAACUUCGUCUGCGAUUCUCACAUCUACUCUCCACAUUGCAAGACUAAACAUGAGGCCUCCAAACCCAAAUGAUGAAUUCGGGGAGAAUCGUGCCCGAAGGCCCUGGCCCAACCCACCAGACAGCUCAGAAACCAUAGGAUCGACAGAACCAAUGGCCCAGAUGGGAUCGUCUGCAACUAAUGAGCCAGUGGAUAACCAACAGAUAAGGUCAGAUCCCCAACAAUUGGAUAGACCUGAAGAUGCACCGAACCCCACUUCUCUCUCAUCACUUGGGUCCAUGUUGUUGUGGGUAUUUGGAGUGAAUGGACUCGUUUCUCUCUCUAGGUUUAGGGAUACGAGAGACCAACAGGGCCAAGGGUAUGCAAAUGGUUCAGAGCAAGAGAACCAAAGGCCCCAAACCCCAAGUUCAUAAUUCAUGAAGAUUGUGAAUAUAUGAGAGAAUCAAGCAAUUAUUGAUGGGGCUUUAUCAACAAAAAGCAGUCAAAUGGUGACUGCUAAAGAUUACUGUGGAAUAAUUGAUUGAGAAGGCGAAGUGUGGUGUAUGCAUGGCUUGUAUAAACCACAUUGAAGGAAGAAAGCCAUGUAUUCAUGGUGUUGUCAAGUAUUUUGUUAAUAUGUGACGCAGUAUUUUUUAUGAAUGUUGUGUUUUUGGGAUGGGCAUCUUGGCAUAGUGAUUUGGAAUAUAGGGGCUGCCAUGCCAUGCCAUGGUCUUGGGUCUGAUUGUCAACUGUGUUGAUUGAAUGAAGAUAUUCACACAUUGUAUUACCA